AUGGAAGGUGAGCGAAUUCCCGAGAUUCUGGACUACCGGAAUGAGAAUGGUCAUGGAUGGUCGUUCUACAAAAACGACGGUCUUCUUCGGAUGAUUGUUACAACUCCUGAAGCUGAUAUGGAAAUGCUCCGAAAAGUUGUGAAAUUCGAACUUAGGGACGAUGACGUCUUGAUUGCAGCAUAUCCCAAAUGUGGUACCCACUGGUUGUGGGAAAUAGUCACUAUGCUCAGGGCCGGUAACUCUGAGUACAGCAAGAAGGCGAAAGGGUUCGCCAUGCUGGAUCCGCCACACUUUGAGCGGGCUGAUAAACUCCCCUUCCCGAGAGUUCUAAACACACAUCUAUAUUUCCGUCAUCUGCCCGAGAAACUGGUGGAGAAGAAGAUUAAAACAAUCUUGAUCCUGAGAAAUCCCAAAGAUGUCAGCGUAUCAUUUUAA